AAACGGGGGGGGGGUUUCCAUUCUUGCCUGCUGUGUUUACAUUUUCUAGAUUACUCAAAGGGGAAGAAAACUAAAAUCCAUUUGUAAUUGAAUAAUUGACGGAUACGAAAUCGUACAGUAAACGGAUCGUAAUGAAUUCGGAGAGAACCCUUUAGUCUUUUUAAAGUUUAAACUUGUUUAUGUUAUAUUAAAUGAUGAGUUGAAAUGUGAACUUGCUAACAGAUCUGGAAAAUUCAUCAGCUUUUGUCUUUAGAUACCAAAAUUCAAGAUUACGCGCAUUAGAUCAAACGAAAUUUUUGCUCUACAGCGAUGCCUUUCAAAUCUAUCCUUGUUGAUAACACCCCAUAUAGUUUACAAGAUCUUUGUCUCCAGUCAUUGGGGAAGUACUUGAAUUCAGCCAACCAGGUUCUUUUCCUGGGUGCACGAGAUGGACUCUCUUUGCCCACAGAGCUCUGUGAGAGAUUGUUACAUUAUCAGAUUCAAGAAGACAGAGACCUAGACUCUCAGUUUGUCAGCAUUUUUGAGGAUACCAGUUGCACUCGUCUCAAACGAGUUUCUCUGAAAUUAUGCACCCUUAAAGAACAUGAAGCUGAAAUCUUGUUAAGACAUGAGCUCAGAGAGUUGGAGUUGAUUCGUAUGAAGGUCUCUCCAAGAGUUAGGAGAAUUUUGAACGAAUAUUCCCAACAGUUGAUUUCAUUAACUGUUUCAGAAUGCAUUGAUUUCUUCUCCCAACCUGUCACUGAACUACAAAUAACAGCUCCAAAAUUGAGAAAAUUUGUACUUCAGUCUGUUCACAUUGAUUCUGGCCAUGAAUUUUUUUCCUCCUUAUUGAGAGGGUUCCCCAACCUGGCCUAUCUAGAUCUGUCAGAAUGCAAUUACGUGGGUGAUCUGUCCUGUUUGUUACAUUGUCCCAAUUUAUCAACACUGAUCCUUUAUAAUGUAUCUGGUCUACAAGAUGCCAUUGAGCAUAUCUGCAAAUUGGUUAGUCUGAGGCACCUGGAUAUUUCGCAAAGCAGUGAUAUCCGAGGAAGGUCGAAUGAAAAAAAUGGAAUAUACGAACGACCCAAUCAGACCUUAGCUACGCUUGUAGAAAGCCUGCCAUAUUUGAAAUGCCUAGAUAUCUCUGGAACAAAUUUGGCUGGAACGGGUGUUGCUGAAAAGACGCCAAGCGGUAAUUUGGCUACAGACAUUCCAGGACUACGGAGCCGGAUCUCCAAUCCACUGGAUAUGUUGGGUCUUUAUGGCACAUCACAUGAAGCUUGUCAUCGUCAUCACAUACCUGCUCUUUGUGUAACCGGUGAUGCCAGUGAAGAGCAAAUUCUUGCAGCCGGGAAGGCUUACAUCGAUAGGGCAGAAAUGAUGCAAGGAGUUUUAAAUGACCUUUAUGGUAUUAUACGUCCUGAAACUUGUCAGAAUCCACUAGCUGCGUUGGAUAUUAUCCUGCAAGCGAUGGAAAACCAUCUGACGGAAAGUCAUAUUCAGAUAUCUGGAAGUGCGUCGCUAUUUUAUAUCGUCAAAAGCCCAGAACGCGAGCGAUCGUUGCUCAAUGUCAGGAUCAAGCAGAAGACGAUAUCUGUUCUCCUUAAAGCAAUGGAUAUGCACAGUGAUGAUCCUACCAUGAUGCGGAAUGGAUGUUUGACACUUUGUCAGUUUAAAAUUCCUCAGGACGUUCUGUUUAGUUACGAGCGAUUGAUUCUCAUCUUGCUCCAUGUCGUGGGAGACCACAAUCAAGACGACUUUGUCCGACGAAUCGCUAUUUAUUUGCUGAACUCAUUAGCUUGUCAAGUUGAUGGAAAGUUUAAGCAACUUGUCGGUAGUCUCGGGGCGAUCGAAACGAUGUUACAGCUGAUAGAAGAGAAGCUAAGACGCAAUGUUUGCGAUGACGUCAUGGAAGUAGCGUGGUCUACCAUGUGGAACGUGACCGAUGAAACUGCUCUAAACUGCAAGCGGUUUUUAAGGCACAGUGGGAUGCAAUUCUUCCUCAAUUGUCUCAAAGCCUUCCCUAAUCAUCCCGAGUUGCUUCGUAAUAUGAUGGGCCUUUUGGGUAACGUGGCUGAAGUGGAAGAAUUGAGGCCGCAACUGAUGACCACCGAAUUCAUCACCGUUUUUUCGGAAUUACUUUAUUCUACCAGCGAUGGAAUUGAAGUGAGUUACAAUGCCGCUGGUGUUUUGGCACAUAUCGCAUCUGACGGUGCGGAAUGCUGGAAAAUCAAAGAGCCUAACCGAGAAGACGUACUUAACCGAAUCGUCACCGCUAUUGAUCGCUGGGAUCUGGAUUCUAAGCGCAAUAUCAACUACAGGUCAUUCGAGCCUAUCCUUCGUCUUCUGGACAUGGAUCACACACCGCAAUGUCAGUACUGGGCCGUUUGGGCGUUGGCGAAUCUUACACGUGUAUACGCCGAGAAAUAUUGUCGACUAUUGAAAGAAGAAAAUGGAUUUCAGAUUUUGGAGAAAUUGGUAGCGAGGACAACUGACGACAAAGUGCGACGUUUCGCUAAAGACGCUCUCGAGGGCUCAAUCGAGUACCUCGAACGCAACGCAAUGGUGAACGCCGAUGAACAUUCGGACGAUUUAGAAGGGUGACGGGCAA